AAUAUUGCACAGUCUAAGCGCAUCGUGUACCUAUUUUCGACUACAGAAUUGCAACCCUGUCAUCUUCCUUUUUCUUUCUCUCUAGCGUCAGCAAAGCGGCAGCAGUGCUAUUCGCUCUCAGCUCAAGGCUGUUUCCUCACCCAAGAAUAAAACCAACAUGGAGGACCUAGCUGUGGAAGUAUGCGGCGAAAAUGGAGCCCUUUAUAAGGGCUACAUUUUGGAUGUUUAUGAUGAUGAAGUUCUCAUUCACUUUGAAGAUGGGUGGCAACCAGAUUCAAAAUUCCCUUAUUCACAAGUUAAGCUUCCUCCACAACCAGAUUCUAAAGUUGAAUUUCUUGAGAACAUGGAAGUUGAGGUCUAUUCAAGGGCCAACACUCAGGAAGCUUAUGGUUGGUGGAAAUCAAGAAUCAAGAUGAUGAAGGGCGACUUCUAUGUGCUAGAGUAUGUUGGUUGGGACACGACUUACACUGAGAUCGUGAGCAACGAUCGGCUCCGAUUGAAAAACAAUAAUCCGCCAAUUGAGCGCAGCAUGUUCCAUAAGUUCGAAAUCGAGGUACCCGACGACGUUCGGGAGUACGCCAAAAUUGAAAAUGCCCACAAGGAAUUCCAAAAGUUGAUAAACGCCGGUUUGAUAACGUACAACGCGGAAAAGGGCAUUCUGUUGGUGAUAUCGAGGUGCGAUUCUAGUCGCAAACGCGCCAAACUCCUACAGGACAUGCAUUUCCGCAGCCUCUCUCAAAAAGUGCUUUUACUAAAGAGAACCGAGGAAGCGGCGCGUCAACUUGAGAACACGAAACUGGCGUCAAUAGGCGGGUACUCCGACGAAUUUAAUGUUAGGGAAGACCUUAUGGGUUUAGCGAUUGGUGCUCACGGUGCCAAUAUCCAGCAAGCCAGGAAAGUAGAUGGAAUAACGAAUAUUGAGCUAGAAGAGAACUCGUGCACUUUUAAAAUAUACGGUGAGACUGAUGAGGCCGUUAAAAAGGCCCGUUCCAUGUUAGAAUAUAGUGAAGAAUCUCUGCAAGUGCCGAGGGCGUUAGUGGGGAAAGUGAUCGGUAAAAAUGGAAGGAUCAUUCAAGAGAUUGUGGACAAAAGCGGAGUGGUGCGAGUCAAAAUCGAAGGAGAUAAUGAGCCCAAACCAACAAUACCACGAGAAGAAGGACAGGUGCCUUUUGUUUUCGUAGGAACGGUGGAAAGUAUAUCGAACGCGAAGGUCCUCCUGCAGUACCAUCUGGCUCAUCUAAAGGAAGUGGAACAGUUACGACAAGAGAAGCUCGAAAUAGACCAGCAAUUGCGUAGCAUCCACGGCACAACGCUAGGCUCGAUGCAAAGCCUGUCCAUGGGCAGACGGAACGAGCGCGGCUAUAGUUCGGACAUGGACGGCGGCAGCCGACCCGGCAGGGGUUCGAUGAGGGGCCGUGGCGGAGGCCGCGGUGGCGGCGGAAGGGGAGGAUCGUCGGGCGGGCCCGGGCAGCGGCAGAACGACAGAUACAAUUCCGGUUCACGUCAUCAGACCCCAGAUACUGCCGAUGAGCGGGUGCAUGACUUGCCGCCACGACAUUACGGGAGUUCCCGAGGAGGCCGGGGAGGCGGCAGGAGGGAUGCUCGGCGAGACGAUCGUCGUCGAACCAAUGAUGACGAGGAUACAGUCCUUGAUAGCCAGGAUGUGUCUAGUGUUGAUAGAGAGUCGGUAUCAAGCGUAGAGGCAACGUCUUGGUCGGGCGGUGGAUCACAGCGCAGGCGCAGGCGUCGUGGGAGACAACGUAGUCGUACUCCUUCCCAACCAGUUACCGAAAAUGGUAACCAAGUGAACAGUCAUGUAGCGGAGUCCACUGUGCAAAGUGACACCGUGCACCGCACAGAAAACAUGUCUAAGCCUUCUAGAGAUUCAAAGAACCGCAACAACGUUCGACCACCAUCCUCGCGUCGUAACGAACCCAACCAGCCCAAGGAGGCUUUGGUGAACGGCACGGCUGCCUAAAGUCCAGGAGUGCCAAAGUAUUAAUAUUCACCGAUUUGUGCGCUCGAAACAAACAAAAAAAAAGAACAUUUUUAGUUUUUAUUAAAUUGUAUUGCAUAUCUUUUCCCGGUGUAGUCGAGUAAAAUAGUGGGUGGUCUACUACCCCAUCCCGGAUGAUACCUGAAUGACUGUUUGGUUCUGUGAACCGCUCACCUAACCGUUACUAAAAAGUGCUCAGUGAAGAGGUGGCUCCGUGGCCACAACGGGUGAAGUUUUGCGAGAUGCGAACUUAUUUAUUUAUACCUAAAAGAUUUGUGAAUACUUUUUCAAUUUUUAAUACAGUUAAAUGUUGUUUAGCGCACAUAAAUAUCGAACCUUUCAAAUUGUACGUUUGAAUUUUCAUUUCAAUUUCGAAUAGUUUGUAUAAUUUAUGUAAUUAUUUAUUAUUUUUUUAUUGUUUGUUCUAGUUUAUAGAAUAAAAAUUGUAACCAUUUGUAUAUUAGUUGAAACUUAGAAUUCAAUAAUUUUUCAUUUUAAUAGUAAGAUUAACUGUAUAAUGCAGCCUUCCAGAAUUUAAGAAUCAAGUAGCCAUUACAUUUUGGUUAGGUGCUCUUUGAUUUGUUACACUGUUUUGUUUAUUGCUGUGUAUUGGUAUAAUAACAUAUUUUGAAUAAAAUAUUCAAUAUUUA